AUGGCUGUCGCCUCGGCUAUCUUGCUGAUACCGGUUGUUGUCAUUAUGCAAUUUAUGAUGCAAAACGGUCUUGGUGUUGACCUGUGGUAUCUCUCAGACCAUCAAAUCACAGAAGGAUUCAGACUCUUCUUCUUUCUCGAAAUGUUCUACCUAACCGCCCGCGUCCUCGUCAAAUCUACGAUUCUAUGCUUCUUCCUACGCAUCUUCAGCAACCCCAGAUUCCGCCUCAUCGUUAAAGUCACACUAGCGUUCAACGUUCUUAUCGGUGUUACAUUCUUUAUCCUUGUCUUCUUCCAAACGACACCGAUUGGUCUCUUCUGGAUCGGAUGGCAGACCAAGGACGCUGAAAAAGUCAUGCUGGGAAUUAUACGGCUGACGCUACCACACGCCGCCCUUGUUCUUGCGCUGGAUAUAUGGGUGCUUAUCUUGCCAAUUACCCAGCUUUGGGAGUUGGGACUGAAGUUGAGGAAGAAGAUUGGCGUUAUGGCCAUGUUUAGUUUUGGUAUCUUCCUUACGAUUGUUGCUGUGAUUCGAGUAGAUCAAUUAAUCCUCUUUGCAAGAUCACAAGACUUGACAGUUAUCAACGCACAAAAAGCCAUGAUCUGGUCCUGCAUCGAGAUAUCAGUAGGCAUCAUGGUAUCAUGCAUGCCACACAUCCGCAAUUUAGUCCGACACAUAAAAUCACGAAUACGCGAAAAGAGAGGAAAGGAAAAGGAACCGAGCAACGAAGCGGUAUUUAUUCAACGAUCACUUGUACCGAUAUCAGUAGGUGAUGCGACGUCGGAACCAGCGUUGUUUGACGAAGGGGGUUUGUUGAAGAAUAGUGCUGCGACGAGAACAACGACGACGACUACUACUACUACUACAAAUACAGAUGUUAUAACAACUGUCUCUACGACGAUAGGGACCGGAAAGAUGGAGAGUAUAAAUGGGAGGUCGAGUGGUUAUGCGAGCGAUGCAGAUACACAAGUUUAG